CUUUCUUUCUUUUUUUUUCCCCUCUUAGUAUUAUCAUUGUUAAUUUUUUCCCUUCAGCAGCAGUAUCUAGGGUUAGACCAACCUCAGCCUCUCUCCCUCUUCUCCCCCCUCACCCCCCUCUAUUCUCUCUUUUCUCUUUCUCUCCCUCUUUUGCCUGAAGUUACACAUCCGGCCCGUGCCCUUCAUAGUUACUGCUACCGGAAAACAACAGGGGUUGCCUCGAAAAAAACAAAAACAAAAGCAUGGCCAUUCUCGAUAAGGAAAAUCGCUCCCGCGGCCUGCGAGUGCCGUCCUUCGCGAUGAAAGGCUUCAAGCAAAAGUCCACCGAUUCUUUGCCGCAGAAAGGAGCCGAGCCGGUGCAGGCGCCGGAGACCACGGUGACCCCGGCGCAAACCUACUCGGUUCCUGGCGACGCUGCCAGACAGCAAGAGAGCAAGUCGCCUCCACUCACCCCGCUGCCUUCCGCCGUACAACCGCCAGCAUUCAACGCCCCGAGCCCUCGCCAGGAUGCCCACCUCCCACUCGCUCCAGCUGCCAGCUACACCCCUCCCCCGCGGGCGUAUCAGGCCUAUCGUCCUCCAGUAUCAUCGGUUCCCGUGCAAAGGACUCCUCCGUCGAGUGAGGAGGACCCGGACCGAGUGAUACCACGCACGGAGAUGGACGAGCCAUUGGAAGACUUCAUUCCGGAACCAGAACCGGAACUUGAUGGCACCGGCGCACCUAUUGAGCCCGUGUCUAGUGAGGAAAACAAUGGGCCGUGGACACCUCCCGAUAUUGAGCCUGUCGCGGCGCCGCUGAACAAGCUCCACUUUGCUUGCUACCAGGACCAUCGGUCGAUGCCCCCCGCCAACAAUGUCUGGCAUACGCUUCCAUGCAUGACCUGCCUAAAGUUUGACCGCGAAGUUCGACAUCGAUGUGUCUUCUGCUGCCUGCGUAUUUGCGCCGGAUGCUUCCAGGCGCUGCAGGCGUGUCCAAACCGCUCGUUGACGCAAUUGAUGGAGUCAAUUACUGCGGCCAAAUCUUGAUCGUAUCCCGAUCUUCUCUUUUCCUCGAAUCUACUUAAUCUCCCGGCACCCAUAUAAGAUGGAUGUUGAAUCUGCGCCACUUUUCCUUUUUAGACAUUCAAACACCUGUGGCUCGUAUUGGUCUCACGGCUAUUCCCGGUGUACGUUUGAUGGUUCAUGGCUCUGUCACUGAUACCACUGGAAUUCCUUCAUUGCCAUCUGUUUGGUGAUUCCGUGCGCAUGUUCUCCCUAUUAAUAAUGGCCUUGUCUCUUUUUUCCCCUCUAUCCUUUUGAUUAACUAUAUAUGCAGACCCAAUCCUGGCGAUUGGGCUGAUGUACCAUGUACUCUUAGUGGGGCUUCCUGCAUGAUAUGAUAACCUGUCUAAUUCAAAAUCCAGCGGUGAAAUUAUAUAUACAUUACUUACAGAGCGCUAUAGUAC